GACGGCCGAAAUGCACUACAUGAAUUAUGCCGAAGCAAGUCGAAGGAAAUACGAGGACUUUUAUCAUGUUUGAACGUUAUAUUGCAUGCACUUUCACGGCAAAUAUCUGAAGCUGAUAAAGAGGAUGACCAGCGCAAGCGGCAUGCACUCAAAAAUAAUGAAUUUAGUCGGAAGAACGGUUGUUCAAUUGAGAAACCCAAAAAUAUGUCAGAAUCUGAAGAAUUAUGGCAGAGGAGACGACGUGCGUCCGUUGGCGAGAAGCGCGUCAGUCUUUCUAAUAAUCCACCUACAAUUUACACUAUACAAGACUUUCAACCAGCUAAAGGUAUCGAUCUCAGAUCAGGUUCUGCUAGUUCUUGGGAUUCUGAGGUAACUAGUUUUAGUUAA